AUGGUGGAAAACAAACACGACUCAAAGAGCUUGGCCCAGUUACAGAUCAGAGGUUAUUACAGAGACACAGACCAGAAUUCAGGAGCAGCGAUCGUCAGCUGGUCGCGGAGGUCUGAUCGACCCUCGGUUCGCGCCCUGAAACCGGUGAGGAAGCACACCAGGAGUCCUCGACAGCCCUGCAGCCGCUCCGGUGCACGAUCACCCCGCCGUGCCUCGCUCUCAGCCCUCAGGAAGCCCGGUUUGAUGUCGGCCUCAGUCCUCUCUCCAUGGCCGUGUGGACCCGUCAGUCUGGUCUGUGGACUCUUCCUGCUGGCCUCCUCACCACUCCUCACUGCAGGCAAAAUGAACUGCACUCACCCUCUGGUGCCAGAAUAUGCAGGUUUUCGCUGCGAUCCCUCCCCGUGCCAAGGCUUCCCUCACAAGACCACCAUCCGCCUCUUCUGUGAAUCAGGAUACCAGAUGAGGACCUCACUGUCCAGGUGCCGCAACGGAAAGUGGCACCCUCCCAUAUCUGCCUGCAUCCCCAUGAAAGGAAAUCCUAUCCCAAAACCCGACGACUCAAUGCCCAGCAUGGCCACGACUGCGGUGGGUGUGUCUAUCUUCCUGCUCACCACCACCGCCUGCCUGGUCCUCAAGUCCCGGCUCUACCCCUGUCAAUCACAAAGCCGUCGCUCCUCAGACCAGCUGGACCUGAUGGUGGACGGGCUUCCAGUUUCCCUUCCCUCCUAUGAGGAGGCGGUGUACGGCAGUUGGGGGCAGCGCAUCCCUGCCUGCUCAGCCCCAGGGCCCACGCAGCUCCUCCUGGCUCAGGAGGCUCCGGGCUGUCAGCAGUCUUCCCCGAGCAGCCAGUCAGACGGCAGCCACUGCCUGCUCCUAUCGGGCCAAAGCCCCGACAACCCUCCACCGCCUUACGAAGAGGUCCAGUCGCCACAUGCCAGAGACAGGAUGAAUGACGGGGACGUCCUGCAGCUCCGCGUUGCACUUUCAGACGAUAAGGACACAUGAUGACAGACGGAGAUACUCACAUGUGACUGAAGUAGUUUAUGAUUGUGACAGGUGCAGUGUUCACUCUGCAGAUAACGGCUCAAAAAACAUAAAAACAGGGACUCACGGCAGACUCCUGUACUGCCCGCACUUUUCCUGGUUGGCUCACCAGCAUCAGGACCUAUCACAUGGUAUUUUAGACGAUAAGCUCUGAUUGGCCAGUUGUUGGGUCAAAAAAGACCCGACUGAAGAGGACUGAAGUGCAUUUAUAGCUGAAACAUUGAUUGUAUAGCGUGUUGUGUGAAUGUAUGUGACACAGGGAGGGGGUGUGUUGUGCGGUAUCAUCGCUGUCUUGUGAAAUCCUGAGAGUGUGAAAACAGGAAGGCUUUUACCAGACAGCGGUGACAUGAAGGUGUGUGUGUGUGUUUUCAGUGUGUUUCUGGAGACGUCGUCUACCUUUUCCCCUCAGUGACGGGGCUCAUCAAGGCUUCGUUUGUGAAGUCAGUGGCGUGUUGUUUCUUUUCACUUCUGCAUUUGUGUCUGAGACUUUUGCACAGUGUUUCUAUUAAAGUCCAAACGGGUCGAGGUGCACGGGCUGCUGAUUUAAAAGCACACACACUCGGGUCGUGGAUGGUGAUUUUGUUUUUUGUUUUU